AUGAAGAAGACCCGGAGCACAACCUUGCGGCGCGCCUGGCCUAGCUCGGAUUUCUCCGACCGGGCCUCGGACCGAAUGAGGUCCCGCAGCGAGAAGGACUACCGCCUGCACAAGCGCUUCCCCGCGGCCUUCGCGCCCCAGGCUGCGCGGGGCUACAUGACAUCAGGUGAUGUGUCACCCAUCAGCAUGUCUCCCAUCAGUCAAUCUCAGUUCAUUCCACUCGGGGAAAUCCUGUGCUUGGCCAUCUCGGCAAUGAACUCCGCGAGAAAACCCGUCACCCAGGAAGCACUGACAGAGCACCUGACCACAUGUUUCCCAGGUGUUCCCACCCCAAGCCAAGAGAUUCUCCGGCACACGCUGAACACGCUGGUGCGGGAGAGGAAGAUCUACCCAACUCCGGAUGGCUAUUUCAUCGUGACCCCGCAGACUUACUUCAUUACUCCUUCUCUCAUAAGAACUAACAGUAAAUGGUACCAUCUGGACGAGAGGAUACCUGACAGGUCUCAGUGUACCUCCCCGCAACCCGGAACCAUCACGCCCUCUGCCUCAGGCUGCGUCAGGGAAAGAACGUUGCCCAGAAACCACUGCGACUCUUGCCACUGCUGCAGAGAAGAUGUGCAUAGCAUGCACGCCUCGACUCUGCAGAGGAGACCUGCCAAGGACUGCAAAGACCCCUACUGCCCCCCUUCACUCUGCCAGGCCCCCCCCACUGAAAAGAGCAAAAGUACUGUCAACUUUUCCUACAAGACAGAAACUCUCUCAAAACCUAAAGACGGGGAAAAGCAGUCCAAAAAAUUUGGGCUGAAGUUAUUCCGGCUAAGUUUUAAAAAAGAUAAGACCAAACAGCUAGCCAAUUUUUCUGCCCAGUUUCCUCCCGAGGAGUGGCCCCUGCGAGAUGAAGACAUGCCAACGACUAUCCCGAGGGAGGUGGAGAUGGAAAUCAUUAGGCGUAUUAACCCGGACCUGACCGUGGAAAAUGUCAUGAGGCACACUGCACUGAUGAAGAAACUUGAAGAAGAGAAAGCGCAUCGGAGUAAAGCGGGGUCCUCGGCCCAUCACAGCGGAAGAAGUAAAAAGAGUAGGACUCAUCGAAAGUCCCACGGGAAGUCUCGGUCCCACAGCAAGACCCGGGUGUCUAAAGGAGACCCUUCAGACGGUUCUCAUCUGGAUAUCCCAGGUGACAGAGAGUAUGACUUCUGUGAUCCUCUUACCAGGGCACCCAGGGAGGGCUGCUUCAUCAUUGAACACAAAGGAGAUAACUUCAUCAUGCAUAGUAACACGAACGUGAUUGAGUCUCACUUCCCCAUGACACCAGAAUGGGAUGUGUCUGGGGAACUGGCCAAAAGGAGAACUGAGAUGCCUUUUCCUGAACCUUCCAGGGGAAGCUCCCAUUCAAAAGUGCACCGAAGCCACAGCCAUACCCAGGACCGGAGGUCCAGGAAUGAGAGAUCCAACAAAGCCAAGGAGAGAUCCAGAUCGAUGGACAACUCAAAGGGCCCGCUGGGUGCUUCUUCCCUAGGGACCCCCGAAGACCUGGCCGAAGGCUGUAGCCAAGACGACCAAACCCCCAGCCAAUCCUACAUUGACGACAGUACGUUACGGCCUGCACAAGCGAUUGGUCUUCCAAGGGCUCAUGUUUCGUCCAGCAGCUAUAAAGAGGUGUGCAUUCCAGAAAUAGUCGGUGGCGGCAAGGAGCUCUCCAGCGCUUGUAGCCUCUUGGAGCCGGGCAAAGCGCCUGAAAGCCUGCCGUCCCACGGGGAACUCAACUCUUGUCCAGCAAAAUCAGCCACAGACGACUAUUUCCAGUGCAACACCUCCAGUGAGACGGUCCUCACGGCACCAUCGCCCCUGGGAAAGAAUAAAGAGGAUCAUGACACUCUGACUCUGGCGGAAGGGGUGAAAAAGCUGCCUCUGUCCGAUAGGCAGGCCCCACAUUCUUCCAGGGAGCCCGUGGGGCACAAGGAGGAGUCCCCCAAAGGGCCAGGUGGGGGCCCGGCUCUUCCGGGCGCGGUGGCAGAAGGGAUGGCCAACGGACGGCUCGUCCAGCACCACAGCGCGGAGCCCGGCAGCCUGGACAAGAGGAAAGAGAUAUUCAGCAAAGACACGCUGUUCAAACCGCUUCACAGCACCCUGUCUGUAAACAGCUAUCACAAGUCGAGCCUGUCCCUCCUCAAGUCUCUCCCGAAGACCCCUGCCGACACACUGCCAGGCCGAUGCGAGAAGCUGGAGCCGCCGCUGGGGACCUCGGUGGCCGCGGCCAUGCCUGGUUCCCAGCGUCAGCAGGAGUCCGGGGGGAACCAGGAAGCCUCCUUUGACUAUUACAACGUCUCUGACGACGACGACUCUGAGGAAGGGGCCAAUAAAAACACGGAGGAGGAGAAAAACAGGGAUGACGUGGGCACCAUGCAGUGGCUCCUUGAGAGGGAGAAGGAAAGAGACUUACAGAGGAAAUUCGAGAAGAACCUCACCCUCCUUGCCCCAAAAGAAAGCGACAGCAGCAGCACUCAGAGGGCCACCCACUCGGCGCGCCUCGACAGCAUGGACAGCAGCAGCAUCACCGUGGACAGUGGAUUCAACUCCCCACGCACUCGGGAGAGCCUGGCUUCCAACACGUCAAGCAUUGUUGAAAGUAACCGUCGUCAGAACGUUACCUUGAGCCCGGUGCACGGUGGGGCCGGACCGGCUUUCAGCUUCCGAGCAAGUACGGACCCCGCGACAAACGAAGCUGAGAAAUUACAGAAACCUUCCAACUGCUUGCAGGCUUCUGUUACUAGUGUGUGACGGUCGCUCUGCUUCAGAUAUCCCGGCUCCUUCCGACACAGCCAAGUUUACGACACUGGGACUGAUGUUUACAUCUUGGGAAAGACGAGCAUCUCGACCACAGUUUUUGUGUUUACUUAAACUGUGCUGCUAAGUAGGCUAGGGAAAAAAAAAAAAAAAGAACAAAAAUCUUUAUUUCUGAGUAUUGCUUUUCACAUGUAUGGCUCUGUAGCAACCGAAUAGCAGUAGUAGGGGUGAUAUGUAUACUUUUGCUUCACUACUUGUAACUGAGCACACAAAAGGAAAGUCUAGACACUGUAAGUGUGAUAUGCAUUCCAAUGUCAUGAAGUUGCCAAUUCCAUUUUUAAAUGCCACAGAUGCGUGUUGCUCCCAGUCUGUGGUCAGAGGGUGCCACGGAACUGAUCCUUGACACUUCCAAAAAAAAAAGAAAGGAAAAAAAAAGCAUAAGCCACCACAAAAUGUCCACAAAUGCGAGGGUCCGCCUGGAGGGAGAUCCAUGUCAGACUGACCAGAAGGGACCCCAGCCCCUUUGUGUGUAAAUUGGUCAUGCACCAGUCAUUUCUCACUGUGAGUUUUCGUGACACGAUUUUGCAGGAGCCCGUGAAGUGUGUCAGAAGGGGUUGUGGUCGAAAUUCUGGGAGUGUCUGUUUUCAGGAUUUUGUUUUUACGUGUAACAGAUGCUUGUCUGAUUUUUUAACCUUCCAUAAUCACAAACAGGAAUAUAGGCCUUUGAUUCUGAAGUGGACGAAGGAAGGGGACCCCCCAGCCUGGCUGGUGCACGGCACUGGGUGAUCGAAGAGGGAAAUGUGGACUCUUAACCGGUGUUAAUCAAAUAUUUAAGGAAGAUCAUUUCCUCCUUGUGAUACUUAUGAUGAUCCUAUCUUACUAUAAUAGAUAAUGAUAAUUAGUUUGUUUAAAAGCAAAAUGUUCUUUGUGAUACAAAUGAAGAGUAUGGCCUGGGGAUGUUAUUCUUUCUAAUGGAAGGACAUUAAUCUAUUUUAUGUAGUUUUAAAUAGAAUGCCUAAAUUAGGCUACGGGAGAUCAUUUUUAGUGGUUAUAGGAAAGAGCAGAUUUAGGGAGAGUUGAACUUCAGGCCUUUUAUUCCUGGAAAGAUAUCUAUAGAGAAAACUUUAAAAAAUAAUUUUUGAUGAGAACUAUACAUGUGCCCACAUACUUACCAACAGAAUGUGCUCAUUCUGCAAGUACGGUAUAAUCCGAACUUGUACUCCCCUGAAAUUUAUCAGAAUGACAAUUAUGCAUACAUGAACUAUGCCAGAGUGAUGUUUACAGAUACUUUGUAACCAAUUAUAGGAGGCCGUUUUAGGUGGAUGUAUAGUUAUCAGCCCAACUUAUUUCAAAAUGGUUUGUCAGCAUUUGGCUUUGGUUUACAACGUCACCUUGAAUACGAAAAAGACUCUAAGCAUUAAAGGGAUUACAAAUGAUCGGGCUCCACUUUACAGAAAAGAGACACUUCAAAGUUCCCCCCAUUUUAUUCUUUGAGAACCAUGGGCUAAAUGUGUAGAUGACGAAAAGAUAUUUGCAGAAGGGUUACAUAGGACACAACGUCUGGCAGAAAGUUUUAUUUAGUUUGGUGGCAUGUGAUGUUUGGAGCCGUAUACCAUAAAAUAAUAUAUCCAAAAAUAAAUCUAAAGUCAUUCCACCUCAGACUUCAGUAAGCGGCAUAAAAAUGUGUGAAACAUUUCUGCUUCAGCAUUAGGUUCAAUCAGUAGGGAUCUGUUUAAAGAACACGGUCCUAGAUAUAGUUGGACUGAUUCUUGAAACAUAUGGAUAUUCCCUCAUGCAUUUUCAGAUAUUUGCAAGUUGCAUUGGGUCAAACUUGACUCAUCAAGCUUAAGAUACCUUUUUUUAUGCUCAUAAUGAAACGUAAGCACGUUUCUUGGUAAGCCCCUAUACCACUAAAAUGCUUAAGUCAGUUGGCUUUGAAUCUCAUGCCUUAUUUCUUCCAAGGCAUGCCCUGAUUGCCCAGAAAUGAACUGUCUCAUUGCUUAAAUAUGUCCAGAAGGAAUGAUAAUGUAUCUAAUAGACUAUACACAGAGUCCGUUUCCUUGGGGAGUUGUAUAACCAUACGGUUACCAAAUUCUUCUAAAUUCGUUUUUCUCCCCCCCCCCGCCCCCCAAGAACUGCUCGCAAGUGUUGAAUCAUACUAUCAGCUCAUAAAUAACGUAACCAUUGAAACAAUACAUCAGCCUCUAGUUGAUCCUCUGAAAGUGGCCAUUAUUAUAAUCAAAUGCUGUGUGGACAGGAAAGAAAAGCAUUACCCUUAAAGAGAAGCUUUAAAAUAUGACUUUAUCAAUAGUUCAUAAGAAAUAGGUUUACAAAAGACGGUAUUCAAAUAAAAUGUGUAUACUAUUAGCCUGAUGCUAUUGGGGUAACGUGAUUUUAAAAACAACCAGAAACUCCCUUAGACCUGGAGCCAUUAGCGUAGAAAAGAUGGGCUUUAAAGACGAUACGAUGUUAAGCAGACGUUCCGUGUGGAACUAGCCCCGUCUGAAUCUAAUCAGGAUUCUCAGAUGGGGGAGGAGUGAGGCGACAGGAAGCGUGUUACAGAUGUGACCCGAGAUGGUCCACGGCGAGCUUCUUGGUGACCAUGUGCUCGGCCCGCACCAAGGUUACCAGCACCCGUUUCCUCCCCCGCGCUGAUAGCUUUGUGUUCCGUGGCUGCUUAUCUAGUCUUCGCUUAGAGUUUCUCAGCUGAAAGGUUUACAAAGCUGAAUCUGGUUGAAUCUCUGUGUAGCGUUCAACUUUAAAGGGUCAACCCAUCUGUCGGCAUUUUGCACACGUAUGUAUUAUUAUGAUACAGCAUAUUACUUUAUGGUAAUUUUUAUUUUUACAUAGAACUACCUCCAUAAAUUUGAUGAAGCGGCAGCAGUGUGUUCAAGUGUAUUGUUCAGAAAAGCAAAGUUGAAAACUUUCGUGAACAUUCGGCCAUGGCGUUCUGUGUGUGUGUCAGUGACUGCCCAUGCGGGCUCGUGACUUUUUCAUGGCCGUGGUUUUGUUUUACGGCAUUAUUUCGCUUUCAGAUGUAAACCUGUCUCUCCUCUCUUUCCCACAAAAGCACACUCAAUUUUGUUACGAACGAAAGGAAGUUUAAAUUUCUUGUCUUUUCACCCUACCCCCACCCCCCACAAACCCCCCCGUUCUGCUAAGAGUUCUCUCUGGCCAAGAGCCGAUCGGUAAACAUAAUUUAGCAAGCUCUUUACUCCUGUAAGAAUCUGAUUUGAAUUCUAGGUUUUCAGUAACAGAAGUCACACCAGAAAUGUGGACCGUGCCAGCUUUGAAGUACUUUGGGCCUCGCUGCCUUCACGCACACGCUACCAUACCAAGCCCAAACUUCAUUUUAAUUAAAAGAGCAGUGCUGUGUACUCGCCACGUGUGUUAAAUAAUUUGUGUUCCAUUUUCUCUAUUUUGCACAUCUCAGGGGACCUUAAUGAGGAUAUGAAAAGGGGGUGCCACCAAAUAGAGAAAACAAACACAAGAGCCGAAUGGGGACCAAGCAGGAUAAAAAUACCAAAUUACCGCUUCUCUGAUGUGGCGAAGUACAAGUUCAGGAAGCAUAAAUUGAAAGUUAAUCUGAAGUAACGAUGAUCUGAACACCAGCUGUUCCCAAGUCUCCCUUUCUUAGAGCCCAGCCAGCGGUUCGAAGAUGUAAAUUUAAAUUAUAUCGCAAUCGCCAUGGGGAAGGAAAAAACCUGUUUGAUGAAAAGGAAAGCACUGUGUGCUUUUUGAGGUUGGCACAGCUCUGUAAAACCCUACCCAGGACAAACCACUUAUUGCCACCAAGUGUACUUGAAGAUAAAGUUUUUAACUUAAAUUAUAGGCGUAUUGCUCACAAUCCAAUAGUGAACCUAUUUUGAAAAGUCCCACCAUUUAUAACGUGGGCGGUAUUCGGAGCUUGAUUAAAAGCCAACAACAAACUAUCGUGACUUUGCCCAUUCAUUUUGGGAUCUCAAAGUGCUUCCAAAGCAUUCAGAUUGACAAACAAUUAACAAAGCAGGUCCUAUUUGUAAUACCCAUACUUGAAAUGGACAAACAGAAGGAGUGACUUAAGAUGACCCAGAAACUCAGUGGCAGCUACUGGUGAUCUAUUUUCUAUCUGUUUGAUAGACCGUCCUGAGAAAUCACUAAACACAAUGCUAUUUUUUCUGAUGUGUGCUAAUAAAGUUGAAGAAAACAAAUACAACUGUA